GCUACUGCAGAUAUGGCAUCAUUCAGCGCUCGAGGCUCGUUUCGGGGGCCGUCUACCCGGCAGAGGUGGACUUGCAGAUUAAUGAAAUGCCCGAGAGCGAGACAAAAAAUGCUUCAAUGAAGCCGCCUCCGCGACAAGGCACCGUGCACCUGGCCUCGCUGACAGCAGAGACACAGGCGGUCCUGCAAAAGUUUGAUGCCAACGGGGACGGCGAGGUGGAGGCCGCGGAGCUGACCGCCGUGGUGGAUGAGCUGGUGAAGACGCAGUUCAGCAGCAGGCUGUUCAUGUACGGGCUCAUGGCCAUGACCUUUGCGCUCGUCAUGAUCCUGGGCUGCGGCUUUGGCCUCACGUGGGCGGUGGUUCUGAGCCAGAAGGACACCACGGUGGUUAACGGCACGUGGGUGACCCGAGCCGACAAGCUGCCCAUCCAGCUGGGCAACAGCCAGAUGACGGUCGUGGACGGCAUGCUGAGCUCCCGGCACGCCGCCAACGCCACCGUCAGCACGCAGCCCAACACCGUGCAGCGUCCCCUGAGCGCCAACAUGACCACCGCACAGCUGACAUCACUCACGCGCGUGUACCUGAGCAGCAGCACCGGGGCGCAAGUGGGCCUGGUCGUGACCGGCUUCAGGCUGGUCGCAGGUUCGCCGCCCACGCUGCUCCUAAGCACCCCCAGCGGCAGUCUGGAGGUCAGCGGCAACUCCAUUAGCGGCAGCGCCGCCGCUGGCCUGGUGGGGGACACGGCGAUGGUCUGGCAGGGUGUGACGGGCGUGUUCUCCAAGUAGCGAGAACGACAACCCGUGGAGACAGCAAAACAGCAGGAUCGGCUUUGACACAUGCAUUUACCGUAUACUAGACUUUUGUAGCGCAGCGUCACAACCAUGCACAGGGUGCAAGGCACUAUCACCAUCACACAUCAUGUAGCACCGAUGCUUAUUGCAGUUGCAUAUUUCACUGUCCUAACUAGCUAGCCUAAGCAGCAUUGGCUCUUGGCAGAGCUUCCAUGUGUAGGUUAAGGUUUACAGACGUUGGUAGGACAGGUUCCCACGCAUUGCACACAGAAAUGCGGAUUAAGGAAUAGUGUUGUACACCAGAAAUUAAGUGACAUACAUGGAUGGCAGCAUGGAGACUCUGAGAGGUUACAUUGAGAUGCGUGCGUGGUGGGACACGUGUCAUUUUGAUUUAUUCAUGCAUUCUUGGCGUAGGACAGCACUAAUAGGUGUGCGACUUGCGGGACUCAACCGCCUACCAUGGAGGCAAUGCGCGCCCUUGUGGAGCCAGGAGCCGUCAGCCGAUGGGGUAAUGUAACUGCAGUCUUUC